AUGGCGUUGGGUGGCCGCAUUUCCGAGUUUGACGUUCAUGGAAAUUCGACAUGGAAAGAAUACGUCGAGCGCAUCGAACUGUACUGUGCCGUCAACAAGGUGUUGGAGGCCGUGGACAAGAGGGCGGUGCUGCUGAGUUGCUGCGGGCAGGAAGGGUACUCCCUGAUAUCGACGUUCGUCAAGCCCCUACGACCGCCGAACGUGGAAUACCAGGUCCUCAUCGACACCGUACAGAACCACAUUCAGCCAAAGCCGUCGGAGCUGUAUUCGAGGUACGUGUUUUCGAAACGGGACCAGGAAUUUGGCGAGUCUGUGGCCGACUACGUCACUGCUUUGCGAAGGUUAGCUGGCAACUGUGGGUUCGGUGGGGACAAGUUUCCGCUUACUAAAAUGCUGCGCGACCGGCUGGUUUUCGGAAUAGCCGACGGAGUCGCACAACAACGGCUCCUGGCAGAAAAGAAACUGACUUUCAAAGCAGCGUACGAUCUCGCAGUCACGGCAGAGACUACAGCUAAGCAGCACCAAGCUAUAAGCGAAAGACGACGAAAAGCGGAAGCUCAGCUAGAAAUGACCGCGCAAGUAGGCUCGCGAGCUAAAGUGCCGAACGCGGAAAACCACGGAAGCCAACGGGUCGCGGGGACCUGGGAGCAAGGAACCGAGUACGACAGCCUAUUCAGCAUCGGCCAAGUAGCAAGCGCUGUACCGAAGUACGUGGUUGAGGUCGAGAUUGGCGGAGAGAAUGUGAAAAUGGAAGUGGAUUCUGGGGCUGCGCGAUCUAUUAUCAGCCAGAGGGAGUUUAAAAAACUAGUGGCGUCAAAGCGGGGAAAACUGGAAGAGCCAGGCACGCAGUUGGUCACCUGGACGAAAGAGGGUAUCGAGAUUUUGGGAAAAGCCGUGGUGCCAGUGAAGUUCAAAGGUCAAAAUUCCGAGUUGCCGCUGCUGGUGGUCAAGAACGGCGGGAACACUUUGCUUGGCCGCGAUUGGUUGGGACCUUUGAAUAUAGAAACCAUGGAACGCCUGAAAGUACGACGGGCAUCGAGGAGGGCCCAGAACACUCGUUUGGUCAACGAGGUAAGAGCAUCUUUGACAUCCCCUCAACCAGACGUUGAGGCUCUUAGCGUGCUUUACCAAAGAUUGAAACUGAGCAACACCGAACUGGUGAAGCUAAAUGAAGAAUUAGAGCCUUUGGUGCCUGCCGAGGAACUCAGUGUUGAGUGCGACGCCGUGAUGGAGUACGAGGACACUGGGAUCGCCUAA